GUCCAUUGUCACCACCCAUGAAUGCUAUCUUCACUCUCUCAUGGACAUUCUUCUCUCUCUUCCCCUCUUUUCACCCACUCUGCAAAGCCCAAACUGAAUUAUUGUUCCACCACCAACAACAUAUCUCAAAACACAAACCUUACAAAGAGACAUUUGAUUCUCAGAACUUCUUCACUUUGUUUCAUUUCAUUGGCCACACAACACCCUCUUCCACAUUAUUUAGCUGAGCCUUCGCCUCCUUCAAAAAUCGAUUUUUCUUUUUUCUGGCAUUGCGAAUAAAUGUCCUGGUUCCAGUUCUCUGGUGAUGGAUUCGCUAAUAGAAUUUGAAGAUAUCAUGGAGCCUGAGGUACAUUCUAUUGACAACAGAUUGUAUUUUAUACAUUGAAGGAUUACGAUGCUGGGAUGUCUCUACACGGGGAUAAGGCAAAGCCAAAGACCUUUGCUGCACGUUUUGCGGCCACUGAUGGAUCUGAGGUCUUGAGUGUUGUAAUUCGGCCAUCCAAUCAACUCAAAAUCACUUUCUUGGAGGGGGUUCAACUUUAUACUCUGCCAGAACAAAUAAAGAUAAAAGAAGAGGAAGGCUUCAAAUUGCGUUCACUUGAUCAUGCUGCUCAUUGUUCUGAAACUUCUGUGUCAAUGUGGCGCAGCCUGCAAUUGGAUAUCACUAAGCAUCUUUGAGAUUCGAUCAUUAGCCACAAAUAUGGAACUUUAUGGAUCAGACUAUCCUAUAAUCAUUCAGCUUAGCCAAUGGUUAGCUUUUUUAUAGAUGUAACUCCUAAUACCGCCUGCUAAACAGCUUGUAGCGUAUAGAGUUUUAACAGAACUUGAACGAAGCUUGUUGUAAGUGGUCAUUCAUGUUCAAAUGAUUUUGAGAAGUUCCUUCAAUUUUCUAA